CUGCUACAACAAAGGUCAUCUAUCGUAUCACUGCACGCUGCCAAAAACGAAAAAACCGCGGUACGUAGCGCAACAUCCAAGGGGAGCUCGAACAAAAAGAGAGCGUUUGAAGAACGCAUCAAUUAGCUGUCGGCCGCGAUGGAUGAUCUGAAGAUGAGCCUGGGAGAUGAGACCGACAGCGGCGCUGAUCAGUCGGCCGAGGAACCGACAGACGAAAAGCAGCAAUCUAACUGGAUGAACAACGUGUUAUUGGGUAAGUCAGAUAACUCAAAACCGGCUUUUGUGGAAUUGAAUGUAAAUGGGAAAAAUCUGUUGAUAGAGUGUGAUACAGGGGCAUGCGCGACUAUUUGCUCUAUCAAUACAUUCAAAGAAAAGUUCAGUAAAUGCACACUACUACCCGCCAAAGGAUUUUUUUUUGUAAUAUCAGGAGAGACCGUAAAUGUUGUGGGCAAAAUCAACGUGCGAGUAAAAUUCCAGAAGAGAGUAUUGACAUUAUCUCUUUUGGUGAUCAAAUCUUCCAAAAAUUUCGUAUAUCUUUUAGGGAGAGAUUGGCUAAAUGCAAUCUGGCCACACUGGAGGGAUGCAUUUGCGCUCAAUUCUCUGCAUGAUACGAAUAGAGAUAGAUGGAUUAACAACACAGUAAAGCAGUUGAAGUCCGACUUUGCAUCUGUGUUCGAUGACGAUCUCACCGAACCUAUCAGAAAUGUAGUAGUAGACAUUAGGAUAGAUGAGUCUGCGAAACCGAUCGUCCAUAAAUCAUACACAGUAGCAUUCAAACAUCGGGAAGCGGUGAGCACUCAUUUAGAUGAAUUGGAAGCUAAGGGUAUUCUCGAGAAGAUAGAGUAUGCGGAAUGGGCUUCUCCUAUAGUAGUCGUAGUAAAACCUAAUAAAAAAGAUAUUAGAGUCUGUAUGGAUGGAUCAAAAACAGUUAACCCCCACAUUAUUACACAUCAUUAUCCUCUCCCGGUUAUCGAUGAGCUGAUAACUAAUAAGAGCGGAGCAAAAACAUUCGCUCUCAUUGAUUUAAGAGGAGCCUAUCAGCAACUGGUUGUAUCAGAAGCCUCCAAGAGGCUUUUGGUAAUAAAUACCCAUAAAGGAUUGUACGCGUAUCGUAGAUUGCCGUUCGGAGUAAAGCCAGCCGCAACAAUUUUUCAAUCGGUCAUGGACAAAAUUCUUCAAGAUAUUCCAAAUGUUCAAGCUUACAUCGAUGGCAUUCUGAUUUGGGCCGAGACGGACGAGGAACUGAUGAAAACAAUUAAGCUUGUGUUACAGAGACUGGUGAAGCAUAAUGUUAAGAUUAAUGCCGAGAAAUGCAAAUGGUUCGUAUCCCAUGUGAAAUAUUUGGGGCACAUUCUGUCGGAGGCGGGAGUAUCGCCAAACCCGGAGAAGGUGAGGGCAAUUACGGCCGUGUCAGAGCCGAAAUCCAAGAUGCAACUAAAAGCAUUUCUUGGCAUGAUAACAUUCUACACCAAAUUUAUACCUAAACUGAGUUUAAUUCUUUCUCCAAUGUAUCAGCUAUUAAAAAAAGAUACUAAAUGGUGAUGGAAUUUAGCAUGCAAACAAGCCUUCGAAAAGAGCAAAAACGCUAUUUGUAGUGCUAAAGUUCUUACACAUUUCGAUCCGUCAAAGCCCAUCACAGUGACAUGCGAUGCAAGUGAUGAGGGAAUAUCUGGAAUCCUUAGUCAUACAAAAAACGAUAGAGAGAUGCCUGUAUUUUUCGUCUCGCGUUGAUUGUCAAUCGCUGAAAAGAAAUACCCUAUCUUACAUAGAGAGGUGCUGGCAAUAGUAUUUGCGAUGGAAAAAUUUUAUAAAUAUGUCCUAGGUCAAAAAGUAUCAAUUAUAACGGAUCACAAACCUUUGUUGGGUAUAUUCAACAACAAGAAGGGCGGGCCUUCUGUUAUUGCUACUAGAUUACAAAGGUAUUUCCUACGACUGUCUAUAUUCGAUUUUAAAAUUUCACACGUAGCCGGAAAGGAAAACCCCAUAGCAGAUUGCUUAUCGAGAUUACCCGUAGACCAAGAUAUGAGUUCAGCUGAUUUAGAAGAAAGUCAACGAAGCUCAUUUAAUCACCUAAAUUAUCUAAUUGACGAUCAAAAGGUAAACAUCAACUCAAAAAUUAUUGCUGCAGCGUCAAUGGACGAUCCAGUUUUGUCUAAAGUUUUAAAAUUCACUCUAAAUGGAUGGCUUAGCCAUGUGAAAG